UCCCGACCACCACAAUUCAUGCUUCAGGCCUAUUGUUGGACCUGCAAGUGUUCUCACUGAACUCAUAUAUACCAGUCACAGCACCGAGACGAUCGUCAGGAUGCUGUCCGCCAGAGUCGCAGCCCGCCAGCUGCCCCGUUUGGGACAGCGGUCCUUUGCUACCGUCAAUGACUCCGCCCUCACGAAGAAGGUCGAAAUGACCAACUGGGAAAAGGGCCACUACAUCAACUACGCCGGCAUGAACGAGACCUUGAACAUUGUGCGGAAACGCCUGAACAAGCCUCUCACCUACGCCGAGAAGAUCCUCUACUCUCACUUGGACGACCCUCACAACCAGGAGCUCGUGCGUGGCAAGAGCUACCUCAAGCUGCGACCCGAUCGUGUUGCCUGCCAAGAUGCCACCGCUCAGAUGGCCAUCCUCCAAUUCAUGAGCGCCGGCAUGGACGCCGUGGCAACGCCUUCGACUGUGCACUGCGAUCAUUUGAUUGAGGCGCAGGUCGGAAACGAGAAGGAUUUGGCGAGGGCAUACGACAUCAACAAGGAGGUCUACGACUUCUUGAGCACUUCGUGCGCCAAGUACAACAUUGGUUUCUGGAAGCCAGGCUCUGGUAUCAUCCACCAGAUCGUGCUUGAGAACUACGCCUUCCCCGGUGGUCUCAUGAUCGGUACCGAUUCGCACACUCCCAACGCUGGUGGUCUUGGUAUGGCUGCAGUGGGUGUUGGUGGUGCCGAUGCUGUCGAUGUCAUGGCCAACCUUCCUUGGGAGGUCAAGGCUCCUAAGGUUCUUGGUGUCAGGCUCACCGGCAAGAUGAGCGGCUGGACCACUCCAAAGGACAUUAUCUGCAAGGUCGCUGGAAUUCUCACCGUCAAGGGAGGCACUGGCUCUAUCGUCGAGUACCACGGACCAGGUACCAACGGCAUCUCCUGCACUGGCAUGGCUACUAUCUGCAACAUGGGUGCCGAGAUCGGUGCAACCACCUCGCUCUUCCCAUUCAAUGACCGCAUGUUCGAUUAUCUCGCCGCUACCAAGCGCCAGCACAUCGGUGACUUCGCCCGUGGAUACGCCGCCGAGCUCCGCGAGGACGAGGGUGCCGAGUACGACGAGCUCAUCGAGAUCAAUCUCAGCGAGUUGGAGCCACACAUCAACGGACCGUUCACACCCGAUCUUGCGACACCCAUCAGCAAGUUCGCCGAGGCCGUCAAGGAGAACAAGUGGCCGCAGGAGCUGAAGGUCGGCCUUAUCGGAUCAUGCACCAACUCUUCAUACGAGGACAUGUCCCGCGCUGCAUCCAUCGCCCAGGACGCUCUCGACCACGGUAUAAAGGCCAAGGCUCUUUUCACCGUCACCCCUGGUUCCGAGCAGAUCAGAGCUACCAUUGAGCGUGACAACAUCCUCAACACCCUCGAGUCUUUCGGAGGUCUGGUUCUCGCCAAUGCCUGUGGCCCAUGUAUCGGCCAGUGGGACCGCCGCGAUGUCAAGAAGGGCGAGGCCAACUCGAUCAUCUGCUCGUACAACCGCAACUUCACUGGACGUAACGAUGCCAACCCCGCCACCCACUCUUUCGUCGCCUCUCCCGAUAUCGUCGUCGCCAUGACCCUCGCUGGAGACCUCACAUUCAACCCUCUCACCGACACUCUGAAAGAUAAGGAUGGCAAGGACUUCAAGCUCAAGGAGCCCACCGGUGAUGGUCUGCCCGCCAACGGAUAUGACCCAGGUCAGGACACCUACCAGGCUCCUCCCGCCGACCGCUCCUCUGUCUCUGUCGCUGUCUCUCCAACCUCGGACCGUCUCCAGAUUCUCGAGCCGUUUGAGGCUUGGGACGGCAAGGACGCCCUAAACAUGCCAAUCCUGAUCAAGUGCCAGGGCAAGACCACUACCGACCACAUCUCUAUGGCUGGCCCUUGGUUGAAGUACCGCGGUCACUUGGACAACAUCUCGAACAACAUGCUCAUCGGUGCCAUCAACAUUGCCAACGGCGAGGCCAACAAGGUCAAGAACCAGGAGACUGGUGACGUCGACGCUGUCCCAGCUACUGCCCGUGACUACAAGAAGAAGGGCAUCAAGUGGGUCGUUAUUGGAGACUGGAACUACGGUGAGGGCUCUUCCCGUGAACACGCCGCUCUCGAGCCAAGACAUCUUGGCGGUCUUGCCAUCAUCACCCGUUCGUUCGCCCGUAUCCACGAGACCAACUUGAAGAAGCAGGGUAUGCUUCCAUUGACCUUCACCAACGAGGCCGACUACGAGAAGAUCCAGCCCGAUGAUAAGAUUGACCUCAUGUGCACUGAACUCGCCGUUGGCAAGCCUCUUACCAUGAAGGUGCACCCAGCAAACGGCGGCAAGGAGUUUGAGAUCCCGCUCAGCCACACCUUCAACGAGCCUCAAAUUGAGUGGUUCCACAACGGAAGUGCGCUCAACACCAUGGCGAAGAAGGCCGCUGGCAAGGCUUGAAUGAGUGGGGAUGACAUGAGAUGAGUGUGAGAGAAAGUUGGAGAGGAUGGGCGUGUUCCGAUAGUUCGACGAUGGAAGUGGACUGAAGUUGGUCUCGUUACUGUUGCUGGGAUGAAGCAGAGUAAGGGAUGAGCAUUGUGCAUAUUGAAUUCGAUGGUUCGGCGCGAAGGAUAGGGUAGUCUGGAGCAGACUGAUGUAUUACAUGAUUUUGAGCUUC